AUGUUGUCUUCAAGAAGGUCUAAACAAUCCUGCACUGAGUGCAGGCGGCGGAAGAUAAGAUGUAAUCGUCGAAUACCAUGCGAAACAUGCACUGCGCGGGGUGAGGAAGAUCUCUGCGAGGGAAAAGCUGUGACUCAAGCUUCCGGAGACCGCUCAUUUCCGCGUAUGAAGGACUUCAGAGCUCUAGCUGCUCGUGUCGCGCAACUUGAAAACCAAAUGUCCAAUAUGCAAGAUCAAGGGCACAUCUCACAGACACAGACAUCAUUCUCACCAUCCCACAUGUCCAUGACUAUGCCGCUAGAGGCAAAUCAAUCUGCUGCAAAUGAUGUACCGCUUCCUUCGACUGUAACAUCACCUGCGCAGUCUUCGCUAUCCUCAGACCUGCAUCAGGCUAUGGAUCAGAAUACUGGGAGUCCCAUGUUACCCUUUGGUGUGGUACACGCAGCCGAGGACUCUGUUGCUCUGGUACUGGAGGACUUCGCUAUGGGACAUAUAGCUAACAAAGAACGGGCUGGACGACGUCAAGAUCCCAAAAUCUCAAACCAGCUGUACCAGGCUGUGAGCAAGGCCGUCUCCAUCCUUCCUGAUGCUGGACGGAGCCUCUUUCUCAUCAAUUUUUACUUCACUCAUAUAGAUUGGAAUACUAAGUUUAACCGAUUUGCUAGUCUAAGUAAAGAGAGGAUGUCAGCUGAGGUGCGGCCAGAGUGGUUGACUGUACACUUGAUGGUCUUAUGCCUCUCGGUACAUCUUUUGGCAAAUUCAGAACGUCAAAUCCUUGGAAUCAGAGGUGAUCAAUGGCAAGAGAUAGCUAGAGGAUUGUUUCUUGCUUCUCAAGACGUCCUCUUCGCUUCUAGCUUUCUCUCUCGUCAUAGUAUUGAGCACCUCCAAUAUGACGCCGAUGAUGCGGCGGAUUCCCAUUGGGCGCUGAUCGGGUCGGCAGUCAAGAUAGCCCAAAAUCUGGGUCUGCAUCGAUUAGGGCGCGAAGAUCAAGGUUCGACAACAAAGUGGCCCAAGCCCUGGCAAAACGCAUUGCAUCGAGAGAUUGGACGUCAUGUUUGGUGGAACAUAGUCUUCUUGGAUUGGUCACACGCUUUAUCACACGGAAUGACGUAUUGUGUGCACUCAAGGCAGAACCUCACAAGUUUCCCAGCCAACAUCAAUACAGCCGAUCUCACAGCACACACGUCCUUGUCACCUCUACCGUUGUCGCAAUAUACGACUGCCAGCUACACCAUCUUCAGAUUGCGAUUCCUGGUCUUGUACAAGGAGCAUAUCGAUCAUCUGGUGAAAAACCAACCAGCCGACUACGCUUUCCUCACGCGUAUGGAUUCACGUUUUGUAGCCUUGCGGGAUGGUCUACCUACUUACUUUCAAAACGAUGAAAACAGUAAACGUCUUGCCACUGAGCUAAAUACUCCAUGUAUUGUCAGCGAGAGUAUUGCGAUUCGAAUGAUUGCGGCCAAUCGAUUGUUGCGUCUGCAUCGACCGUAUCUCGUCCUGGGAUAUCAAGAUCCGAAAUAUCGACAAUCUACUGAACAAUGUGUAAGAUCCGCUCGUACUCUACUGACAUUAUAUGAGACGGCGAGAAUUACAGCACCUACUCUCGUUAAUUACUGGUUGGUUCUUUUUUACGCCUUCGCUGCCGCUGUGGUUAUUUUCAUACAACUCUGUCACAGCGAUCGUGAAGGAAGAGAAGAAUGUAAGAUUCUGCUGUUCCGUGCCAUGGACCUCUUCAGGGCUGUCCGGGAAGUUAGUGCUGCUGCUCGAAAUGCUGUGGUCAUCCUGGAAAGCUUGUUGACGGCCGAGGCUAGCCUUGCUGCUGAAGGUAAUUAUGACACGCUUUACGGCCACGCAAAUGGUGGUACCGCGCCUGAAGAAGAUUCGUUAUUCAGACGCGCGGUUCGACGUGUAUUGAGUUCCCCGCCUUUUUCGGAAUUGUUUACGGUCCCCGCUCCCACCUCGACUGGGAAUACGAUGCCUUGGGAUUCAGCCCCGCAACAUGGUGGACAACACCUCGGUAUCGACGGGGACAAUAUGGACGGUAUGUGGCAAGGCGCCGUUCACGGUCACGCAAGUAUUCGUCAAAAUCUUGGAUUUGGACUCGCUGAGCUGGCUAGUUUUGCACCUGAUCAAGCAUUGGAUCCCAUCUUAGCAUCAGGUGAUAACGGGGAAUUGGACUUGGAAUCGUUUUUAGCCACCUUGACCUCAUGA